GAAGUGGGGUCAGUGUGCCGGGAUGAUGGGUGCCCGGUUAACACGCGUGUUUAAGAGUUUUAACCUGGAGAGCCGAGCCCACCGGGAGAUCGGCAAAGCGAAGCCCACGCCUGCUCCGCGAUACCCUGUCGCAGCGGCCACGCAGGACUACCCUGACCAAUUCCAAGAAGAAAUUAAGAAGAAAGAUGAACAUCUUCAUGCAUUAUUAAAAGAGGUUUAUGUUGAUUCCAGAGAUCCACCUAUGAUUGUAAAAAACAGUGGAGGAAGCCUCCCUUCUAAGACAGAGGAGCACCGCCUUGCAAAAACAGGCCAGCUUGCUCACCUAGAUGUUAAGACUAUUCCCAAAGGCAAAAUCUCAGUAAUUGAGGCCUUGACCCUUCUCAGUAAUCAUCAUCAUUCUCCAAAUGAAUGGACUGCAGAGACAAUAGCAACUGAAUACAGCCUAGAACUAAAGGAUGUGACUGCCCUCUUAACAUAUUUCAUCCCUUUUUCUGUGAAAAUCUUUCCUCCUCAAGACAAAAAAGCCAUACAACCUAGAUAAAAUGUCUGCCAAAUUGUGAUGGAUGUGCAAACUGCUGUUUAUCUUAUCCCCCUUUCUCCAUCCUAAAAAACUGAAGAAGUGUCUUAUUUAAGUGGAGUCUGCAGUCACUUUUGUAACCCAUUAUGGCCAUAACAGUAUGACAUAGGAGGCAAACCUUAGCAGAAUCUGUGAGGAAGCCCAAAAUGGCAGUUGUCUGAAAGUGAUUUGUUACAAAUCAAACAAGCAAACAAAAUCAUUAUCUUUAUGCCUGAUCUUUGUCAGUUUUGUGUGCUG